AUGUCAUCAGAGAAUCCAUACCCUCCCUAUGGCUCCUCUCUUAGAGAAGCAAAAUUGCAACUCUGGCAGCAGGGAUCUGGUUCUUAUUACUGGGGCUUUUACGUAUACCGAACUACGUACGACGAGCAGGAACUUUGGGAGCGAUACAUCGCCUACAUAAAUCAAUGCAUCGACAAUACGCUCAAAUUUGAAUCAGAGUUCGACAGAGAGCGCUUGAAACGGCAUUUUCGCCUUACGAUCAUCGAAGACCCGUCGCUCGCAAACGUAUCUACUGAACAUGUUCGGCAAAAAUUCAUGAAGUGGGUAUCGAGUCUCCCUCCUGGCGGAGACCAACCUGGCGGAGACCAACAGGGAGAGGUACCCCCGGAAGAUCAACGGGAUCCCAUCCGUUUCGCUUAUCCUCUAUACGUGGAUUCUGAGUGCCUCAACUCUUUGCGGGCUUAUGAUGAGGAACUUGAAAAGACUGCGGCGCCGAAGUCGAGGACGAUGAUGCGGAUGAGGAGGCAGACGAGAGCGAGAACGACGAUGGCGAAGAAGAAGAAGAAGAAGAAGAAGAAGAAGAAGAAGAAGAAGAAGAAGAAGAAGAAGAAGAAGAAGAAGAAGAAGAAGAAGAAGAAGAAGAAGAAGAAGAAGAAGAAGACAAGAACAAUGGCCAUGGAGACGUUCCGGAUGACCUAG